CUCCUGCUAACAAACUGAAGCGCAGACGACGCAGGCUGCACAAUCUCUUAACCUAUAAAACACUUGAUUUGCAAAUUUAAAAAAAAUAAUUAUGUCAAAUGCAUUUCUCGACAUUGAUGAUUCCUUUUUGAAUAGGAAUCUGCUACUGGAAAAUAAGCAAGAAGAUGAAAUAUCAGAGCUGUUGAAAUCUUUUGAAAAACCGCAUGUUCCAUUUGCAUUGGUGCGACCUAUCCCAGGAGUUUGCGCGAAAUUACGAACAGAAAGUGGCGACAAAGGAUUCAUUAACAUUUGUCAUGCGAGUGAAAUACCUUCACCUGAAGAUAUAUCAGAUGAAAAACUAGUUGCCAUUUCUACGAGCAGUGAACCAUCUUUCGUAAUUCCAAUGUCCAUUGGUCAGGAAAGACUGGAACCAGACAAAGGAGGUGCACUGUGUUACACAUAUGAUAUCGCAAUAAGUACAACAUAUUUUAAUAAGUGUCAAAAGAACAAGAUGUUUAUGAUUUUCACUCUAGAUGUCAUGGUAGAAGCAGUAAAUAAUAAAUUCGGAAAAAUAUAUAAAUCUGAAACUUCGCUGCUCCUCAAAAAUCGAAAGGUAAUGGGCACUUUACAACAGCAUAAAAUUGAAAAGCGAGAAGUAAGGAAAACUCAGUUUCCAAAAAAGUUGGUUCAAGAAGUUGAAGAUAGUCCAGAGAAUUCCAAAAAGAAACCCAUAUCUGCUUCUAAAAAUUGCAGUUCUAUAAAAAAUCUGAAUAUUCCGGAAAAUCCAAGGUAUGCGAAUAAUUUGGAUUAUAUUAUUCUGCAGAAACCAUCCAAGGGUCAAGCCGAGAAAUUGAUCGGUUUAUUCAAAGUGCCAACCUUGAUUUCGGAAGAUGUCUCAGUUGAUGUUGGAGAAGAUCGAAUAAUUGUUGAGGUUAACGAGGUGAAUUAUUUAGUCGACAUCUUUGUCCCCUGCUCUCUCGAUCAAGAGAAAGUUUCAGCAGAAAUGGAUUCGAAUCUUGGAAUCUUGCGAUUGAAUAUGCCGCUCAAAUGUUGAAAGUUAAGAUCGGAUAAGAAAAAUAUUUUAGGUAAAGAUUCGGUUUAAUUUUUUUCUUACAUGUAUAUAUAACUCAAAUAUUCUUAAUUUAUAUCUACAGUUUGUUUUUUUCAUGCGUCAAUGUUAUUAAUGUAAGCCAUGCACUAUUUUCUUAUAAUUAUAUGAUGCUGAUUUCGAAAUAAUAUACGAUGUAAGAAUACUUCUUUGAGUACUGUACAAUAUUCUUAGAGAGGUUGUAGGUAUCCUUACGCGACAUAGUAAUGAUAAUUAAUAAAUCAUAUUUUCUUUAAAAA